AUGAAGGGCACCGAUGCCACCAAUCCCCUUUCAUCUUGGGGGCGACUCUAUGCCUUCCUGACUUGCUUUCUUGGCCCGGACAAUUUAUCUUUACUUGGCUCAGUCUCUUCGAACCUCUACCUAGAGCAUCUUCGAAUCUUGUUGAAUUGGUCUACCCCAUUACCUUAUUGUUUAGUUAGAACCGGAAUCCCUAUACCUAAAGCUACUGAUUCAGAUUCUGUUAUUAAACCUGAGCCUUCUGAAGAGUCCAUGUCCCUUUCGCCGGUGGAGCUGGUUCUAACCUCUUCUUUCGCUUACUGCUUUAGGAAUAUCAAGAUUAGUCCACUACUAGAGAAAGAGCCCUUGUCUUUGGCGCCUAGUCUUCAAAUAACCGGAAUGAUUGGCCUUCAUGCUUAUCCCCAUCGAUCAGAACUGGCAACAGAUCUUUCAGCGGAUGUAGCAGCGGAUAUUGAUCCGCUGUGUUCAACUCCUGCUACUGGGUCAACUCCAAACCAACAUUCGGGAAGGGAAGCCAAACUACUUCUUGAACUAAACAACUUCUUCCUUUUCAUUGAUUGA